CCUUGUAAAGUAAAGCUGCAGGGAGAAACCGGCUUAUUACAGCAGGUGCCCUGUGUCUGAGAGCAACUUAUACCACCAGCAUAUUAAGGUCAUGGCCGGUCACUGCGGAAGAGGCACCUCAGUACUUCUCCGGGAUCUGCUGGAGGCGGAAACACGGCCAGGACAGAUUCUGAUACGGAGAGCUAAGAAACAUCACAGAAUUCGUCACUUGAGCUCUUGUGGAAUUCUGUCUCCGCAAUGCCAAAAGCUCCCGCUGCCAUCUGUAAAUCAUGAGCAGGCAAGAACGUUCCUGAACCUUGCAGUACCACUCUUGGGGAACAAACGCAUAGACUACUCUGAAUCCCGAGUCCUGGGCUAUUCCAUGGACCAGAUGUUUGAUGUUGUCGCUAAUGUUGGUGACUACAGGAUUUUCGUGCCUUGGUGCAAUAAAUCCAAAGUUUUGUCCUGCCAAAAAGGUCUGAUCAAAGCCGAGCUUGAAGUGGGUUUCCCACCUUUUGUGGAGCGCUAUGUGUCAGAAAUCUCCAUAAUCCCAGGCCAUAAAAUCAGGGCUGUCUGUAAUGAUGGGAAACUUUUCAGUCACCUGGAGACUGUAUGGAGAUUUAACCCUGGGUUAACUGGACGGCCUGACACCUGCACAUUAGAUUUAUAUGUAUAAUUUGAAUUCAAAUCCCUCCUCCAUUCACAACUCGCUACACUCUUCUUUGAUGAGGUGGUCAAACAGAUGGUGUCUGCAUUUGAGCAUCAGGCAGCUAGGAUACAUGGCCAGCAAGCAGUUCCUGUGCAAGGCCAGAAAGCACGGGCUGUGUGUUGAUAGUAUGAACUAUGUCACUGUGAACUCUUAGCAUCCUUAUUGGAUACCUCAUCCUCUGGCUCUGCUUCCAUAACCCUGGAACUUAUAGCUAACCUGGAUGCAUUAUUUCUCCUUCGGGAGAGGCUCUUGGAUGAUCAGUGAUAGGCACAUCCUGCAUCUAAGAAAUGGACCAACUACACUCACUUUGCACAUCUGUUCCUUAUUUAUGUUUAUUUAAACAAAGUGUCACCUUUUUGUGAGAGCUGUUACAUUAUUAUUUUUUAAAAAACUAUUUUGUCUAUUUAAAUUGUUUAUUAGAAACAAAACCAAUUUAUUUAUAAAAAAAAAGAUGGGACCUAUUUUGACUAUUUUAUUAUAUUUUCAGAACACCAUUUUGAAUGUAAUUUAUAAUAUAUUUUAGUAAUAUUCUAAUUUUAUUGACAAAGUAUAUGCAAAAUAAAAAUUAUUCAAAUUCGAAAAAAAGA